AUGGCUGACGAUUUGUGCACAAUUUGUCUGGAAUUAAUAUCAGUUGAUGUCGACGGCCGUGAUGUUCGAAUUACUCCUUGUGGGCACAUUUUCCACCACACAUGUAUUCGUCCUUGGUUGAUUGGUCGAUAUGGAAAUAAUCGCGAUACCCGUGGUCCAUUUUGCCCCAAUUGCAAGCGCCGAAUACAAUUCCGCAGCACAAUGCCGUACAAUGUUCCGCAGCCAGCGCAAAACGAAAAUAAUGUAGCGAUGAACGACAAUGGUCAAGCCAGUAAUGAAGGCAUCGAGGUAAAUUCGACGGCACAAGAAGGUAAUGAAGUGGCUGCACCAGCUGAAGAAGUUGAUGUUCAAAAUGGUAACAAUGGGCAGAACGAUGGUGAAGGUGAGGAUCGUGGUAACGUUGGACAGGGCAAUGGUGAAGAAGAAAAUCAUGGUGACGCAGAGGCGGGUGGUAGAAAUGACAAUAUGACCGGAUUCCCGGCUUGGACUUUGCGACGUCGUGGAUCUAUUCAUCGAUUGAUUUACAAACGAUGCAUUAUCUGUGAUCAAGGUUUCCCCACGGACGACAACAAUGACUGUGUGUGCACUUGGUGCCUUAACAAACUUCCAUAA